AUGGAUCCUCAUGGAGGACACUACCUCAAUAAAGAAGCUGUGUUGUCACCUUUGGGUGCAGCCCGAAUGUGCCAACUGCUACUUGGCUGCACCAUAAUGGCCCUUGUGUCCCACAGUGCAGGCUACAGUGCCACCUAUGGAACCUUCUGCAUGUUUGUGUGGUGCUUCUGCUUUGCUGUGACACUGGUCGUGUUCACCUUGGACAUUACACGGCUCCACGCGUGCAUGCCCAUUUCCUGGGAUAACUUCACUGUGGCCUUCGCUAUGCUGGCAACUCUCAUGUACAUCACCGCCUCAGUUGUCUACCCAGUUUACUUCCUCCAGACAGAGUGCCCCGAUGAAAGCUGUGAGGUCCAGAUCUAUCGCAUCGCUGUCACUGUCUGCUCCAGCGUCUGCUGCUUCCCCUACGGAGCCGAGGUGUUCCUAACUCGAGCCAAACCAGGGGCUGUGGUGGGUUAUAUGGCCACUGUGUCUGGUCUACUCAAAGUGGUCCAGGGUUUUGUGGCCUGCAUCAUUUUCGGGGCCCUGGCCAAUGACAGUGAGUACAACCAGUACAUUGCUACCCAGUACUGUGUCGUGGUGUACAGCCUGUGCUUCUCUGUGACUGUGAUAGUGGUCAUACUGACAGUUUCUGGAAGGACCUCAGCCCUGCGGUUCCCCUUUGACCGAUUUGUAGUUGUCUACACCUUCUUUGCUGUGAUCCUCUACCUCAGUAGUGCUCUGAUCUGGCCCAUCUUCAGCUUUGAUAAGAAAUACGGCACCACUACUCGUCCUGAGGACUGCCCACGUGGAGAAUGUCCCUGGGACAGUAAGCUGGUGGUGGCAGUGUUCACCAAUGUCAACCUAAUCUUAUAUUUUGUCGAUCUCGUUUACUCCCAGAGGAUUCGGUUUGUCUCCAGCUCUGCUGUCUGAAAAAUGUUACC